CUUAAUAGAUGCAACGUUGAUAAGAAGUUUGAAUGUUUUCCUCGCCUUGGACAAAUUGUGGUUUAUUUCCAGUGGUGUUUUAUUUAACAGAUAUUGCCGAAUGUAUGAAGAGAUUCAUUUUUUAAAAUUAUUUAUUCAGUGAGCGGCUUGCAUUAUUGUUGGCACUGAUGAAAGAUGAACUUACUCAAUAGACAACAGUAUGAAAACUUUUUUAAUCCUAUUUCGACGAAGUGCCAGCUAGCUGAACAAUGAUAAAUUACUCUUGUCGUAAUUUUUACCGGGAAUCAGCGACCAUAGAGCGAUCGAACAGCACUCUUCGUAUAAAUCAAUAUCAUCAGCAUAUUGGUGUUUUUCAAUUGAGCCAUGGAGAAUAUUAUUAUUUUUUUGCUAACGAUUAAAGAAACAACCUGCAAACCUAUUUCAUGAGUUGAUCAGAGAGCACUUGAAGGAUUCUUAACGUUCUUGUAAUGGCAACAAACUGGGAUAAAGUCAAGUAUAUUUCCCGUGUGAGACCAGACUCUGAUUAUGGUUUGUUCGAUGACUGCAACGACUCGUUAGACGAAUGCGACGUGCGAGUAAAAAUUAAUGAGGUAUUGAGAGAACCAAACGAAAAUGGCUCAGAAACACUUGUUCAUCGAUUGCAUCCGUCUUCGACUCAUCUUCAAACAAAUUUAAAGCGCAGUUCUCGCGACGGAUUAUGCUUGUCAGUUCCACAAGACAUCGGAAGAAGAAGUAUUUUGCGAUUGCAUCGGGAGAACUCAAACGAAGUCGCCAUUGAGAAAACCUCUGUAAGGACCAGCGUAAGCAUGAAUUUGUUGCCGCGUUAUGGUUCCGAUUUAAAUGAGGAUAUUCUGGCGCGACCACAGCCUUUUGUUAAAACGAACAGACGGGCUUUCGUUAAAGAUUUGUUUUUUAAACAAGAAGAAGGUGAUAGUUAUUACAAAUUGAAGUCAGGUGACUAUGGAGAAAAUGAGAGAGAAACGUUCCACACUUUAUCCAGAAAAGGAAACACCGAAGAACUCAGAGCACUCCUUCAGCAGAAUGAAGACAUCGACAAAAAGGACAGUUAUGGUAAAACAGCCUUACACUGUGCAAUAUCAGCCGGACAAGUCAAUACCGUAAAAUUUCUCCUCCACAACCAUGCAAACCCAAACCUUAAGGACCACAGAGAAGAGGCAGCACUUCACGCCGCAGUGCGUACCGGGAACGUGGAAAUGGUGGAGGCUUUGCUGAACCACAAGACCACCAAUGUUAACAUUGAAGGACGCGGAAAAUACACUCCUCUGCAUAAUGCCGCUCAUUUGGAACACCGAAACGCCCUAGAAAUUUGCCAAAAGCUGCUUGACUGUGGGGCUAAAGUAACAGCAAAGGCAACUGAUCACAUGACACCACUCAGCGUUGCCGCUCAGAAGGGGUCAGCGGAUAUUAUGGCCUUGUUCUUCGAAAAAUGUUACGAAGUCCAGAGGGGUACAAAACAGAAAUUGGACCUUCUUUACGGUGUGGACUCUGAAGGAAGCUCUCUGCUACAUCUUGCUAUAGACAGCGGUGUUUUGAAGGCUGUUAAACUUUGUUUGAAACAUGGUUGCUCUGUGACAGCUGUCAAGCGGUUAAAUGGUGGUACUCCUAUCCAUUUCGCGUGCCGUCUUGGUGCGCCAGUGAUCCUUCAGUGUUUAUAUGAACAUGAACCAGCGGCUUUCCAACACGCUUUGUUGGACAAAGAAUUCAUGACACCUUUACACAGGUGUGCAAUGUAUAAUCAUAUCAGCGUUGUAAAGUUUCUCGUAGAACACGGUGUGGAUCUAAACCCUCGGGAUCGCGAGAAAUGCACCCCUCUACUGUUAGCAGCGGCUCAUGGUUGUUCUGCAGUUGUCUCACUACUAUUGGAAAGUGGAGCGGACGUUACUAGCGAGGAUGACAAAAAACGAACUGCGCUGCACUGGGCAGUGGGACAGGACAGAACUAUUGAACGACUUCUAAAGGAUACACGGGUGCAAGAACUAAAACUCGUCAAUCAACAGGAUAUCACAGGAGCCACGGCUCUCCACUAUGCUGCACAGGGAGGUUUCCUAAAGAGCGUGCUCUUACUUUUGAAGAAUGGAACUGAUGCAAGUCUGAAGAAUAAUAAACUUGAAACCUCUCUUCACUUAGCCGCCAGUCAUGGCUGGCUACCAAUCGUUAAAAAACUGAUGGAAGGUCGACAGACACGUUUGAUGAAUGUGGGAAACUUCAAUGAUCACACACCUCUCCAUUUGGCUGCUUCCAACGGACAGGACAAGGUCGUCAAAUUCCUCUUGGACAGAGGAGCUACAAUAGAAAGGGAUACGGACGGCCGGACACCUUUACAUUUCGCCGCAGCAAAAGGAUCGCUAAAAAGUGUUCAGUUGGUCUGCUCUUCGAAUCCAAACUGUAUUAAUGUUGAAGAUAACGCUGACCAGGACACCGCUUUGCACCUGGCUGCCAAAAAUGGACAUGCAGCCAUAGUGACGUAUCUGCUAUCCCAUGAUUCCCAGAACGUGACGUAUAACGCUUACAAUCAGAAUGCACUGGAUGUUGCAAUAGAGGCUGGAAAAGAACCUGUCGUGAUGUGCAUUGGAGACCAUUUACGGUGGAGAGAACUGUGUCAUAGAGUUGAAGAAGGCCUUACUCAACUACAAAGCCUUAUUAUAAAGAUGCCGUUGGCUGCAGAGAAAUUUCUUGAUAAAUGCGUAGAAGAAUCAGGAGAUAAAGAAAAAAGUGAAGAUUAUUCGAUAACGUACGACUUUAUGUUGUUACAAGGCAUGCCGGACCUUAGAAAAAACGAUCCUAAGAAGUAUCUGGACAGCCUUCAUACAAUGGUGAAGUACAAACGAGUCAACUGUCUGUCACAUCCUGUAACAGGAGCGAUGAUGAACAUAAAGUGAUUCUCUACGUUUGGUAUUUAUAUUAUAAUGAUGACAAAUAUUAUCAAAACAUUAGUAAAGAUCAUUAUCUUGUUCAUUCCCUUUGUAAUUGCCUUUGGCAUUCCUUUUUUUCUACUCUUACGGGAAAGAUUUAAGGAUAAAUCAAAUGAAGCAACAAUGUACUUGUUUGAUCGCCUUCCAUAUUCACUGUUCACAACUUUCAUGUUGAUUCUUGGUGAAAUGAAAUACCCGCACACCGUGUUCAAGUAUCAACCGUUACCAUAUCCAUGGAUAAGUUAUGUCGUCUACAUCAUCUUCUGUGUCUGUAUGCCAAUCAUUAUCAAGAAUCUCUUGAUCGGUCUAUCGGUCGGUGACGUUAACAGGAUUCUCCAAUCUGCAAAAAUGGAACAACAUGGAAUGCAGGUCGAAUUGCUUCUAGAAUUAGAAAGAGCCACACCCAGGAAAGUUCUUAGAAAGAUCUGGGUCCCUUAUUGUGUAGAAUACCCGAACAAAAGGCGUACGUGGAGACAAAAGUUAGUAGAAUUUGGUUCGCCCAAGAGGCACACAGCUAAUCAACAGACUUAUGUCAAUCCUGCUCUGGUUCUGAUCAGUGACAAAGUCACUAAACUAGGGGAGAAAGUUGAUCAACAAGAAGACAAGUUACAAAAUAUUAUCCGUUUGCUGGGAAGACUAGAUCAAAGGUUGACCGAAAUGUCUCCGGCUGGGAAACCAUUAACUUCUGCUACGGAUGAAAAACCAGCUCUCGCAAGAGAGACUCCGAUGGUUCCCUUCAGCGGCUACGCGCAGGAACGUCAAUCUACAAGAAUGACACGGAGGCCGUCAACGGAAUCAACAGUUUAAGCAGGAGGACCUCUGCAUCUCUGCUGAUGAAGCCAGCACAAACAACUACUAAGGUGGCGUGGGAGUCUUGGAAUGAAGCAUUGCUGCAAAAAACUGAAA